CCCGCCCCGGGGAGCUGCGGCCGGGCGGCGUGCGGUCCGUCACACGCCGAGGGAAGGAAGGGAGCCGCCCCCCGAGUCCGACCCUCCUCCCCCGCCGGUUCCUGCACAUCUCGUUUCCCUGCGGCGCGCCCGUACCCGAUCUGCCUGAUGCUCACGCUCUUUUAUUCUGAAUCAGAAAAAGGUGAAUAAAUGGUCUAGGAACUGCAUGAAGUAAUGAACUGCAUAACCCAGGUACCUUGCAGUGAAGAAUGUGAUAGUUUGAGUUGAAGGACCUUCGUAAGUAGAAAUGCACCCUGCAAGAGAACAUUUAAAGUCAUUUUCAUGUUCAGAAGUCCUUAAAGACAUUCAGUACAAUUUCCAUGUAAAAAAUACAAGUUGUCAACAAACAUGGAACUGUCUCAUUCUGUCAUCCUGAUAACGUAGGUGAAGACAGCCUCACCAGAAGUAAAGGCGCACUGAUGCGGCUGUGCCCUGCAGGCAGGAAUCUGCCAAGCCCCUCGUUCUUCCCCAGCUGCUGCCCUUGGAGGUUACUGGACCUGCGCUGCGUUCAGCUAUGAAAUUUCUGUUGGUUUUUGAUUUUGACCAUACAAUCAUAGAUGAAAAUAGUGACACCUGGAUUGUGAAAUGUGCUCCUGAAAGAAAACUUCCUAAUGGAUUAAGAAACUCUUACCAACCAGGACAUUGGACAGAAUAUAUGGGCAGAGUCUUUGUCUACUUGGGAGACAAUGGUGUCAAAGAAGAUGAGAUGAAAAGAACUAUGACAACAAUUCCUUUCACUGCGGGAAUGAUAGAUCUUCUGGGAUUUAUUGGCGAGAACAAGCAGUUGUUUGAUUGUAUAAUCGUUUCAGAUUCUAAUACGGUAUUUAUUGACUGGAUUUUGAAAGCUGCUGACUUCCAUAAAGUGUUUGAUGAAGUAUUUACAAACCCUGCAGCAUUCAGCAGUACUGGCUAUCUAACUGUACAGCACUUCCAUGCUCACCAUUGUGCCAAGUGCCCUAAAAACCUUUGCAAAAGGAAAGUUUUAGAGGAAUUUCUUGAUAAACAGUUGGAGAGAGGAGUGAGUUACACACAAAUUGUAUAUAUAGGGGAUGGUGGGAAUGACCUAUGUCCAGUAAUGUUUUUGAAGAAGAAUGAUAUUGCUAUGCCCAGGCAGGGGUAUACCUUGGAGAAAAAGAUUUCUCAACUGGCCCAAAGUCUCAGUCCUGUACAGUGUUCUGUUCUGGUUUGGUCAUCUGCGAUCGACAUUAUGUCUUACCUGAAACUACUUAUAAAAGAAUGAUUCAAAUUAUAAAAGGAAACAGAUGCAGUUACAGUUUAACUUAUUGGGAGAGGAAAACUGCAUGUAUAUAAAGGCUCAAAAUUGUAAAAUAAGGCUGUUAUCUGAAAUUAUGGGGUUUUUAACCACACCAUAACACUGUUUAUGUUCAAUCCUGGUAAUAAUAGGAAAGUGCAGUAAAAAAGGCCUUCUAACAGUACAGAUCCCAACUAAGUGUAGAAGGGGGAUUGGGACAGGACUUGUCAUUAGUUUUUGUCAUCUCCCUCCACUCCAACCUUUUACCAAGUAUGUAACUGACCUUUGCAAGCCCACACACUUAGGGGAAGGAGUAGGAUUACUAUUCAAAAGAAUGAAAUUCUUUACUUAGGAAACAUUAGGUGCCAGGAGCAUGGUUGGCUUUUAUACUUCUUUGAUCUGAUGGCAUAUUAUUUGCUGUAAACUUUAAUCCAAAGAUGCAUUUAUAUUUUCAAUCUAUUAAAUAUUUUACCAAACAAAUUACUUUUUAAUAGUUUGUAUUAUCUUGUAUUGUAAAGAUAAUAAAAGUUGCUGUCACUGACAAAUGCAACACAACUAAUUUGUGUCAUGUAUUCUGCUGGCCUGUGUGUCAUCAGGCCUGGGGAGAGUGUAGACACAAGUGUAGGUUUCAGCCUUUGGCUGGUCAGAUCCUUUCUCUUCUGGAAAACUGUAAGACAAAAUGACUCUUUUGUUUAAAGAAAAGUCUCUCUCCCAUUCUGGCUACUGCCCUGACAGUGUGCUGCUGCCAUUCUGUACAGAGCUGACACUGGUUUGAUCUUCCAUGCUGACAGCUCUGAGUCAGCCCUUUGGUCAGCCCCUUUUUCCUCCUUGGUUCCUGCUGCAUUGCACAGGCCCACAGAAUGGUACAUAUACAUGUAUACACUGAUUUCACCUAUUCAUUCUCAUCUAUAUAGUACAAUCUCUUACAGUCUGGAAGGAAGCAUCUAUGUUCAUUUUAACUUUUAAACAGAUUGUUCUGUCUAAAUAGUUCCAAAGAAUUGUUUGUGAACAUGCAAUCUUUCUCUUUACCUCUGACAGUGAGAUGAGCCUCAAGUGUAUAUAAAGGUAUUAAAAGUAAGUCUCAUUAAAGUUAAAUAAUGUGUUUUCAUACCAAAUGUUUUUAUAUCCCAGAAAAGGUUCAAAAUGCUGAUGUAGUCUGCUACUAAACUGAGGUAAUAUUUAGCUUAAGUGCUUUAAUAACUGAGAGAUUAGGGCAACUUUCACAGCACCUCAGUUGUUUUGUCUGAGGUGUGGCUCAGCAGUCUGUAGUUGUAUCUGUCUUCCUUUGUCUUCUGUGCAAUGUUUUUCUCAUUUUCUUACAGACAUUUCAUGAUGUCACUACCUUUUUUUCCUUAAUUGAAGAUUUUUGACUGGUCUUGCCUGUUUUCAGGCUGCUUUUCUAGUGCUGCUAGUUUACAUAUAUUUCCCUUGUGUACUUCUUUCCUUGCCUCACCUAUUUUACUUUAUUGUAGAAGGUUGCUUUGAACAGUGUGUUGCCUAAGAUGUCCAAAGUAAUAUACUUCAGUUCUCAGGAGCCUGGCUUUAGUGGUGGAUAUUUGAUAGGUGUCUGAGAUGUUCAUAUUUGGGAUCUUGGCUAUUGUUUUACACAAAGGCACAAAGACAUCUGGGGACUGCUGGGUGUCAAGCUGUGGCAGGUUUAAGUUGUCUGGUUUACAGGUCAUACAGAAGAAUGGUAAUGGCUGUUGCAUAGGGCAAUUUCAUAUGCUACUUUGGGUUGCUCUUGUUUGACCCCAGCUGGCAACUAAGUAGAGCACCUUGUGCACUCCAAUACCCCACUCAGUGGGGAGGAGAAUUGGGGAAAAAAUUAAACCCUGUGACUUGAGAUGAGAACACUUUAAUAAUUGGAACAAAAUAAAAUAAAGUAGUACUAAAUUAUUAUAAUUGUAGAGAGAAAGGAAUGAAGUCCAGGAGAAACAAGCGAUGUACAAUACACUGCUCGCCACCUGCUGAUGGAUGCCCAGCCCAUCGCGAGCAGUGAUCGGCCCCUCCCGGCCGACUCCCGCAGUCCCAUGCUGUGCAAUAUCCCUUUGGCCUGGCCGGGUCAGCUUUCCUGGCCAGGCUCCCCCAGCUCCUUGUGCAGCUUCUCACUGACAGAGCAUGGGAAUCUGAAAAGUCCUUGACUGUGGGUAAGCACCACUUAGCAACAACCAAAACAACAGUGUGUUGUCAACAUGAUUCCCAUAGUAAAUCUAAAACACAGCACUGAACCAGCUACUAAGAAGGAAAUUAACUCUAUUCCUGCCAAAACCAGGACAGUUGUGUGUUUCCUUAAUUCUAGAUGUGCUGCUGAAUGUUCCAGAUUCUGUGCUGGUCUCUUCUGUGUUUUUCAGAACUUAAUUAUGGAAUGACUUAUUUUCAGUUUGUCCACAGAUUUCAGUUACUGCUUACUUAAAAACAAACAAACAGCAGUGUAUCAAUGAUUACUCAGCUUUUUCUUCCACUUACACUAACUAUUGCUCUUUUAGCUUUAAGAGACCUACCUUAUAAUUUCCUGUGAGAGUGAGAAAUUGGGCAAGAAAUUGUUCUUCGUGCUCAAAAAAGGGUUCUUUCUGUGGUUUUGAUGAAAGUGCUGAAGUAGGAGUUGAGAGUAGAUUAAGCAUGGUAGAGUACUUGAAAUAUUAGCAAUAAUGUUCUAAUCACUUCAAGUAGAGGGUAGAGCUGAUUAUAUUUGCCAGACAAAGUGCAUGCUGGAGACAGAAGAAAUUUUUCAAUUCCAGUAGGCAGACCAUUAAGCUAUUAAUCAGGCCUUGUUUGGGUUUUUUUCCCCACUUAAUAAAAGCAAGGACUUCCCUGAAGCACCACAACUACCAAAUUUUUCCACAUUUGAUUACAAUGGAGGGGAGAUAAGUAUCUCCAAAGAGUGAAGCUGAUUUAAGCUGGUAGCCCAACGAAAAGAAAGGGAGAAGCUCCUUGAAGGGGACACAUGUUCAGUACUAAGUGUUGCUGACCUUCUGACUUACUCUCUGGGAGGGAGAUGACUUAGGUAAAAAUGUUAUGGAAAAAAAUGCAUAUUGAAAGUCCCAUAUGUACGGGAAAUUUUCUGUAUGUGUGCACUAGUGAUAUAUGAGUACUUAGCCUUAGUAUUGUGUGUAGUAGGAUAGCCAAGACUUGGAAGUGCUUGUCCUUAGGAAGUUGAUGAAAUGGAAAAUGCAACCAAACAAAGCUGUUGGCAUGGGAAUGCAUAAAGACUUAGGACUGCACAAGGGAAUUUUCUAGAGAAAGAAAUGGAGUAAUAUAGCUGAGGGACAGGCCCUUGUCAGACAGCAGGGCUGUUGUAAUUCCUGGGUUACACUACAAAACUCCAAUUCUCUGGGCUAAAAAUGCAUCAAGAGGGGUUGAAAAAAAGGAAGGCAUAGAUGUGUGUAGGUGUGGGGAAUUUUUUGUUUGGUGGGUUUUUUUUGUUGGUUUGGAUCAUUUUGUUUUUGUCUCAUGUUACUGUGUAAAGGCCAAGGGACCAGUUUGAAUCCUGGUGCAGGGUUAGCAUGGGAGGAAGGAUGGCAGAGGGGUAUGACCAUAUACACUUUCCUGUUUGGAUUUCCUUAGUUUGUACUUCUGCAUUGUGGCGGAAAUACCAUCACUAAUUAAAAGAAAAAUAUGAUACUUUUUCA